AGCCGCCUCGCUGCGAACCGGUGCGCUGCCGGAGGGUCCAGGGAAGCGCCUGGCCCGAAGGGCACCAGGCAAGCACGGGGGCGGAUGGCGCUUAUGCGAUGAGGCGGCCCGCAUGCGCGGUGCUCGUCGCACCGCUCUUCUGGGCGGGCCUCGCGGACGCGGCCGCCGCGGCCGACGAGAGCCGCCUCACCUUUGACUUCGCGCUCCUGCUCGUUCUGACUCUGGUGGUGCCGGUCCUGUUCGUGAUAGCUGGGUGCAUUGUCUACAAGUGGUACAAGCGAAAAGAUCAGCGUCUGCACGAGGUCCGAAGGCUCGAAGAGAAGAAGCGGCGCAAGGCGUCGCGCAGCAACAGCGACAAGAGCAGCGGCAGCGGCGCGCGGAGCCAGCGGAGCGGCAGCCCCGCCCGCGGCAGAAUCGCGCGGAGCCAGCGCAGCGGCAGCCCCACGCGGUCGCGGUCGCCCCAGCACCAGGCGGAGGAGGGCGUCGUCCGGCAGGACUCGAAUUCCACGCGGUCCACGCGGGGAUUCAGGCCGCAGGAGGCGCCGCAGGAGUUCGGCACCCAUGCCAUGCAGGGCGUCGUCCCGCAGGAGGCGUCUGGCAUGAAGUGGGUCAUGCCGCCGGAGUCGCAGCUGGAGUGGAUCGUGCCCCAGUACGUAAGCCAGGUGGACCACAACGGCGCCCAGGUGAUGUUCGCUGUGCCCGCCGUCAGGGUGAUGGCCGUGGAGCCGCAGGCCAGCCGCUGGGCCGCGCGCGGCCAGAGGCCGCUGCAGGA